AUGUCUCUCACGAACUGUCGGUUCUACGAGGACAAGUAUCCCGAGGUGGAUAGCUAUGUCAUGGUCAACGUCAAGCAGAUCGCUGAGAUGGGCGCAUACGUCAAGCUGCUUGAAUACGAUAACAUCGACGGCAUGAUCCUCCUCUCAGAACUUUCCCGCAGACGUAUUCGCUCUAUUCAAAAGCUCAUCCGCAUUGGGCGCAACGAGGUCGUUAUCGUCCUCCGUGUUGAUAAGGAGAAAGGUUAUAUCGAUUUGUCGAAGCGCCGUGUCUCGCCAGAGGAUGUGAUCAAGUGUGAGGAGCGAUACAACAAGAGCAAGGCUGUGCACUCUAUCAUGCGCCACGUCGCAGAGGCUACCCAGACCCCUCUUGAGACCCUAUACGAGACUAUCGGCUGGCCCUUGGACCGGAAAUAUGGCCACUCGCACGAUGCCUUCAAGAUCUCCAUCACAAACCCCUCUGUCUGGGAAGAUAUCUCAUUCCCCAGCGAACCCGUCAAGAAGGAGCUCCAGCAGUACAUCAGCAGCAAGCUCACCCCUCACCCCACCAAGGUCCGUGCCGAUAUUGAGGUUACCUGCUUUGGUUAUGACGGAAUCGAUGCCGUCAAGGAUGCCCUCCGUACCGCUGAGGCCGACAACACCCCCGAGAACCAGAUCAAGGUCAAGCUGGUCGCUCCUCCCCUCUACGUCCUGGCCAGUCAAUGUCUGGACAAGAAGUACGGCAUCCAGAUGCUGGAGGAGGCUAUCGUGAAGAUCGGAGAGCGUAUCAAGGCCAACGGCGGUAACUGCACCGUGAAGAUGGCACCCAAGGCCGUCACCGAGCACGACGAUGCGAUUCUCCAGGAGCUUAUGGAGAAGCGUGAGCGCGAGAACAUGCAGGUCAGCGGUGACGAGAACGACUCAGAGAGCGACGAGGGUGUCCCCGAAUAA